AUGGGUGGCACUGGGGUAACGGAGCUUGGGACGCUGGGCGGGAGCCGUGCCACUGGCCGAGCCCACCUCCGGGCAGUGCCACCCUGGGGCAAGGAGAGGACGCCCCAGGCCCCGCGCUCCCCGCCCUCCGCCGCCGCCACACCUGGGCCCCAGGGCGAGCAGGGAGCUCCUGCCGGCUCCCAGGAAACCCCAGGCCCGCGCUCAGGUAGGAUUACCGCCACUCGCCAGGGCCCAGGGCUCCGGUUUCCAGCUCCCGUGGGGCCGCCCGUCCACCAGCUGGGCUCCCCGCACCUGGGCAGCAGGAAGUCACCCAGAGAGAACCUGAGCCGCCGCGGCAGCUCCCCACCCGGCCUCCUGUGCGGCCAGCGCUGCCUCCUGGGGCCUGCUGCCCCUCCACGGCUCAGCGUCCAUGUCUGCGAACAGCACGCUCCGUCCCUGUCCUUCCUGCCCCAUGGGUCCCGGACGGGGCUGCCUCCCCAGCAGGCACGGGAGCCCCAGGCCCCCUUCCCAGGCCUUGGUGAGCCAUCCCCCUGCCGGCUCUGCCCCCGAGAGCCCAGCCUCUUCCGGCAGGCCUGCCCUGACCCCACCCGAGCUGCCUGGACCCCCAAGGCCGGGCCCAAACCCUCCUCCCCUGACCCCUCCAAGGUGGCGAAGCGGCAGCCCAGACCAGGCACAGCGCAGGGCGGUGGCAGAGGAGGUGCCCGCAGUUCCCAUAGCUUCGGGGACGCCCGGGCCUGCACCACCACCGUCACCCGAGGCAGGGGGAACCCAGACCCCAGGCUGGUCUACACAGGAGCCCGCCCACCCCCCCAGCUUGUGCUCGGCCCAGAGACACCCACGGCCCGGCCUGGCACCCCACUUUCCCCCCAACCCGCCGUCCUCCCCAGGUCCUGGGUUCUCCUCGCUGUGCCCAUCACAGGCUGCGGGGUGGGGCCAGGCAAGUCCAGCUCGGGCCUGGGGCUCGGGGAUGGGGGCCCUCUCUCAGGCCUGGUGUCUGGGGAGCCCAAGACCCAGCACCCAGACCACUCCCAAGCCCCCCACAGGCUGGGCGUAGGGGUCUGCACCCAAGCACUGACGGCACCCCCAUACGAGGGACGAGACGAGGGGUCUCGUGAUGAGCUGGAAGCAGCAGGGGAGGGAUGCAGGGGUGCAGGAGUGGGGGGGCACCCUGCAGAGAGAGGGGAGCCCUAUGGGGCAGGUGGGGGGCUGAGGCCCCUCAAUGUGGCCAGAAGGCAGCCCCAGAAGCAGGGUGGGGAGGACAGAGCCACCCGGAGAGGGUCCCAGCUCCUCCGGAGGGGCAGGGGGCGGAAGGAGGCUGCUGCUCGACCCGGGCAAGGUGCGGAGCCAGGCUGGCUGGAACCCCACAGCAGCUGGAUGCGGGGCAGCCAGGCCCGGUGCCCACCCCAAGACCACCCCGCCCUGGCACUCCCCAGGCCCUGUCUGUGGGGGGGGCACUCCACCAGGCAGGGCCUGCAGCCCAGGUUACCCGAUGCCCACAUCUGCCCGCCGAGUCCCUGCAAGUACCCCUCCAGAUCCACCUCCUGCACACCACAGGGCUCGGCGCCUCCCGAGCUGCAUGACGGGUGCAAGCCCAGGGUGUCUGGUCCCCUGGGGGAGCAGGGGUGUCUUCGGGUGUGGGGUCCUCAGAAGCAGCUAACCCGUCCCAGGAAAGGGGAGCAGCCCCUACCCCCCAGGUUCAGCCUGCACACCAGCCCCCCUGGACGCCGUGGUCAGUCCGAGCACAGACGGGCAGAGAGCCGCUGGCCAGGCCCGGGCUUAGCAGCGAGGCCAGGAGCUGGCGAGGGUCACUGGUGGGGUGGGGAAGGGUGGGCUGCACCCCGGCAAGCCCCAGGCCUUCUGCCUCCCCAACCAGGCAUGAUCCUUCCACGGUGGGCCCACUCGCCCUCUCCAGCAACCUCCAGGGCCCCUCACCUCCCCACCCCUUCUGGGUCCCAAGAACUGGAGCUGGGGCCAGGUGGGGGUCCCCCUGCCCUCGGACCUGAACCCCGCCUUGUGCCCAGAGCCAGGGCUCCCCCCGGCCAGGGGGCAGAGGUCCCGGCAAGGGCCUCGGCCCCUGGGGUGGGAGCCAGGCACACUGGCAAGAGCCGGGUGCCACGCAAGCUGGGGCAGCGCGGCCACAGGUGCUGCCAGCGAGUUGGAAGUAGCCCCUUGCCAUCACGGCAGCUCUGCACCCCCAGAGACCAGAGCUCACCCCCAACAGGCCACGCACUCUCCUCCCACAAAAAACCAACCAGGCAGAGUAGAAAUGGGGGUGAGCCGGCCCUGAGACCCAGCGUCCCCGACGCCAAGGCUCCCCAGAAAGGCACGGCCUGCCCCAUCCUGCUCCCUUGCGCCGGCGGCAGUGGGGGGGCACGAGGGACACGCGGCAGCCCGCCACAUUCCUCCCGGGCCUCCCUGCCCCCACGCCCACCGCUGCCAACUCGAGCAGAAAACAUCCUCAGGGUCAAUGGAGACCCCAGAGAAGACCAGCUGGAGGAGGCAGCCCAGCCCCCUGAGUAA